GCUCAAGCUUCCACCGGAAGUGUGCUUGUUCUCUUUUACCAGGGCCGAUCCAACAUGGGACGAGUCAGGACCAAGACGGUGAAAAAGGCUGCCAGGGUCAUCAUCGAAAAAUACUACACCCGGCUGGGAAAUGACUUCCACACCAACAAGAGGGUGUGCGAAGAAAUAGCCAUCAUCCCCAGCAAGAAGCUCCGCAACAAGAUCGCUGGGUAUGUAACACAUCUGAUGAAGAGGAUUCAGAGGGGUCCGGUCAGAGGAAUCUCCAUCAAACUGCAGGAGGAAGAGAGAGAGAGGAGGGACAACUAUGUACCAGAGGUGUCUGCUUUGGACCAGGAGCUGAUUGAAGUUGAUCCCGACACCAAGGAGAUGCUGAAGCUGCUGGACUUUGGCAGCCUGUCCAACCUGCAGGUCACCCAACCUACUGUCGGCAUGAACUUCAAGCAGCCCCGAGGAGUCUAAGCUCUGUACAGUAUCUUCCCAAUAAAAUCCAUUUGGGACAAAGA